ACAGGUGCUGCAAAAUGAAGUUUAGAGUUUUGUCUACCCUUUUUCUCCUCACAUUUGCAAAUGUUACAUGUGAAAGUGAUGAUUUUAUUCAUCAACAUCCGUUGCUAGUUGCUGAAUUUGGAAGCAAUGUGAUUUUACCCUGCUCUCACUCAGAUGACUUUAUAAACUCUGUUUCGUGGUAUAAACAUUCUUUUGGCAAGAAACCACUUCUCGUAGCAUAUUCAGAACACGGCUCUGGAAGUGUUAAAUAUCAAAAUGGCUUCAACAAUUCAAAUAAAUAUCGUAUCAGAACUGGAAAUGGAUCUUUUAAUUUGACCAUCAUACACUUGGAAGAAUAUGAUUUUGCAACCUACUAUUGUGCUGUGAGAUUUUUAAACAUCGUUAAAUUUGGAGAAGGGUCGAUUCUUCUACAUAAAGAGAGUGAUGGAAUAAGAAGUACCACAGUUCUCCAGCGGCCAGUAUCUGACAGACUUCAUCCAGGAGAUUCAGUGACUCUGCAGUGUUCGGUCAUCAGUCAGAUCUGUGCAGGAGAAUACAGCGUCUACUGGUUCAGACAUUCAUCAGAACAAUCUCAUCCAGGACUCAUUUACACUCGUGAUAACAGGAGUGAUCAGUGUAUGGAGAGAUCAGAGAAUGGCUCUUCUACCCAGAGCUGUGUCUACAGUCUCUCUCAGACUGAACUUAGAUCAUCUGAUGCUGGGAUUUAUUACUGUGCUGUUGCCACGUGUGGGAAGAUACACUUUGGAAAUGGAACUAAGUUGAUUAUUGAAGCGUCUUCAGCUUUGACCUUUUUGAAUCCAGUUGUUUUAACCCUGUUCACAAUCAGUAUGAUAUCCAUUAUUGUGAACAUAUUUCUGAUGAGACUGAUUCACAAGAAUCAAAAUAAAGAAGCUCCAAAACAACCUAGAAAUCAAAGGAAUCAGAUUGCGGAAACAGAUGGCUUAAAUUAUGUAGCCCUGAGUUUUUCCAAAAAGCCUACCAGCUCAAAAAGAUCUUCAAAGAUAACCAACCAAGAAGAAACGUUUUAUUCACAGAUUACAAAGCAAUGAGAAAAUUGUUAAUGCUGAGAAAUUGUUGAUUUAUUUCUCCACUGAACUGGGUAUUAUCUGUAUCUGUAAACUGUUAAUAUAAUAUAAUGCUGUUGUACUGUUUUUAAUAUAAUUGUAUAACUUUUGUUUAACGUAAAUAUUUUGAACUGACACCUUUUUCAUUAUAAACCUUCAGUCAAGGGCCUUUCCUUAAAGUCAUCAAACUAUGCAAUACAUUUGUGAUUUUAAAGGAUAUGUAGUUGUUGUAUAUGAUUAAAACAGUAUAAUAAUACUACUAAUUUGUACUAAUACUAAUUUGUAAUUUUGGGUGAGCCAUUUUGUUAUUCCCUUGUCAAUGUAGAAUCUUAAUUGCGAUGGUAUAAAGAGUAAAGGAGAAGAUUUUUGUGUCUUUGGAUUCUUUGCUUUGAUCUAGAGAUAGAAGACCCACUGAAUGAUAUCCACUCGGAAAAGCAAACUUUCAGUAGGAUCUGUAUAGUUCGGUUCAUGAACAAAUUACUCCUUUGAGCCUAUUUUUAAUCCAUGGAUAAAUAAAUAAAU